AUGGCACCCCAUAAAGUCCCGAUCAUCAUCGGUGUUGGAGAGGUCAAGAAUCCCUCACGCCGAACAGAAGAUGCCAUUGAGCCUUUGCACUUAAUGCUCCAGGCAAUCAGAGAGGCUGCCUCAGAUGCUUGUGAUUCUGGCGCACCUGCUGUUAUCUCUUCCGUCGACAGUGUAAAGGUUGUAGCGAGUUCGACGUGGCCAUACAAAGAUCUACCAGAGCUAGUGUGUGAAAAGCUGGGGGUCAAACCCUCUCAUACAGCUUACAGUGAGCUGGCCGGAAGCACAUCUGUGCAGCUGAUCGACGAUACAGCUCGAAUGAUUGCAAACGAGCAAAUCGAGGUUGGAGUCGUGCAAAUGCGCGGGGCAGCUACGGGAGAACGUGGCACUAACGGUAGUGUUUUCAUAGUGAAGGCUUUUGUCAAAGAUGGCACAUACCCACCCCCUUGGACAGCACCGGAAAACUCGCAGGUUUACUACGCCAAUGAUACCGACUCAUUAACUGGAAUUGGGCGUACUCAUCGAGUUGGUGUUCCUAUGCAUGUCUACCCGAUGUAUGAGAACGCUUUGCGAUGGCAGAGAGGCCAGAGCCCCCUCGAAAAUCUUGAAGAAUCCGCUUCGCUUUAUGGUCGAUUUGCCGAGAUUGCGUCUAAGCACCCGAUGGCGUGGAGUUCUGGAAAGAGUCCUAAAACAGCAAAAGAAAUCGGAAGUAUCACCAAGAAUAACAGGAUGAUAUGUUUCCCUUAUCCGCUGUUGAUGAAUGCGUUCAACGACGUGAACCUUGCUGGUGCUUGUAUCCUAACUACGACAGAGUGUGCCGUACGAAUGGGUAUCUCACGCGAUAAGUGGAUUUUCCCACUUGGGGGUGGAAGAGCAGAGGAUUCUAAAGACUUCUGGGACCGUCCUAAUUUCUACACCAGCCAGGCAAUAGUAUCUGCCCUCGAUCUUUGUUUCCAUUCGUCUGGGCUUAGCAAGGAUGACAUCGACCUCUUCGAUUUUUACUCCUGCUUCCCAAUUGUCCCAAAGAUAGCAUGCCACCAUUUGGGUAUAUCUUGCGACAAGCUCCCAAAGCCAAUCACCCUCCUAGGAGGCCUCAACUCAUUUGGGGGCGCUGGUGCAAAUUAUUCUAUGCACGCUGUGGCGGAGAUGGUCCGUCAGUUACGGAAGCUUAGUGGUGCACACAAGCCCUCAAACGGACUUAUUCUCGCCAAUGGAGGCGUUAUGACAAGCGAGAGUGCAAUUUCCCUGUCAACGCAUGGUCGCAGAGGUAAUGGUCGGUAUCCCACGAGAGAUAAUCGCGAGAUUCUUCCAGCCAGUCCGCUACCCCCAUCAAUUAGUAUGCACGGGGAAGGAGAGGCCAUCGUCGAGACAUAUACGGUCGAGUAUGAUCGGGAAAACCACCCCAAACUGGGCCAUAUUGUGUGUCGUCUAAAGAGUAAUGGGCACCGCCUUAUCGCAAACCACGGUGAUAUACCCACAUUGGAGCAGCUUUCUAGCUGGACGGAGGAGCCCAUUGGGCGCAUUGGAUUUUUAAGGCGAUCUUUAACAACGGCGGGCCAGAAUUUGUUCUUCUUUCGUAAAGACGAUACAUGUCGGUUGUGA